AAAAUUUAAAUGAGAUAGUAGAAGACAAUUCAGAAAUCAACAUUGAACCGCAUCGCGAAAUUUCACAAAAUGACGAUCAAAAUAUCGAUAAUCCUACUCAAAUUGAAGAAAAAAUUAAUUAUGAAGAAAAUCAAAAAAUCAUCCUUUCACAAAGUGACGAUCAAAAUAUUGAUAAUUCCACCACCCUUCCUCAAAUUGAAGGAAAAUUUAAUUAUGAAGAAAAUCCAAAAUCACAAAGUGACGAUCAACAUAUUGAUGAUUCCGCUACCUUUCUUCAAGUCUCAGAAGAAACUUACGACGAAAAAGAGUCAGAAAUCAACAUUGAACCACAUCUACCACAUCUUGAAAUUUCGCAUCCAUCAAACGUAACACAAAACGUCGUGAAUACCCCGGAUGUUCCGACCAUAAAAAUCUCCAAGCCAGUAGUCGAAACCAACCUAAAUAUUGAAAAAUUAGAUAAUCAAAUUGAGUCUAUGAAAGUUGAAAAUCCGAAUUUCGAAAUUGGAAGUAUUAAUUCAAAUACCAUUGAAACCGAUGUCAAAAGUCUAGCUAUUGGAAAUGUUAAUACUACCGUUGGAAAGAUCACUACAAAAGAUAUGGAAAUCAAUAUUGAAAAUAUAAACGUAAAUGAAGUGGGGAAUGAAAUUACUAAUCAAAGUAUUAAUGACCAAGAGAUCAAAAUUGAGAAUAUAAUAGAUACCAUUGAUAAUAAUAUUGAAAAUCAAACCAUUGCAAAUGCUGAAACCAAUAUUGAAUCGUUAAAAGUAAAAAAUUUAAAAACUAGUAUUGAAAACAUUAACAUGGAAAAUUCGAAUUCAAAUACCAAUGUGACGGGAGAUAUUACGACGAAUAUCGAAAAUUUAAACGUAGAAAACCAAACUAUCGAAAAAAACAUUGAGACAUAUAUAGAAAACCAAAAUAUCGACAAAAAAAUUGAUACAAAUAUAGAAAAUCAACAUGUGACAAAUAUAACAAAUAUAGAAAAUCAACAUGUUGAAAAUUUUGAAACAAAGAUUGUCAAUGAAACAAACGUUUAUAAUGAAGUUAAAAACGGAAUAACUACAAAUAUUAAAAAUGAAUUUACUACUGUUAACGAAAUCAGCAAUUAUAAUGAAGUUAAAAACAUGAAUAUUAAAAAUGAAUCAACUACUGUUAACGAAAUCAUCAAUUAUAAUGAAGUUAACACGAAUAUUAAAAAUGAAAUUACUACUGUUAAUAAUACUAUUGUUAACGAAGAUAAAAAGGAGAUCACAGUCAACAAUUACAAUGUGGUUAAAAGCGAGACCAAUACAAAUGUAACAAAUGUGAACAAU